AUGAACCGAGAGGGUAUGGUUAGUGAGAUGGGGGAUUGGGAAAGGGAUAGAUGGUGUUGGAGUAUUGCAUGGAGAAGGGAGAGAAGGGGCAGGGAGAGGGAUGAAGAGGAGUUGUUAAUGAAGUUGCUAGGAAAGGUUCGAAUAAAGAUUGGUGGGGAUGAUGGUUGGAGAUGGGUGCAUGAUUCUAAAGGAAAUUAUGUAGUGAAGAAGGCUUAUGAGUUCUUAGCUCCUUUGGAGUCUGUUUUGCAGGGCCAGCUUUGUAGAUUGGUUUGGUGCAACUUAGUGCCAUCCAAGGUAUCUUUUUUUGGGUGGAGAUUAUGUCUUGAUAGACUUCCAACAAAAGGGAACUUAUACAAAAGAGGGGUAGAUAUGCAAGAAGGAAGUUUAAUGUGUAGUUUUUGCAAUGAGGCAAUGGAGGAAAUAGAUCAUUUAUUUUGUACAUGUAAGGAAGUAUGGUUACUAUGGGCAAAGGUACUAAAUUGGUGGGGGGCGAAAUCUGUGUUACCAAAUUCAGUGGCAGCCAUAGCUGAAUUUUUCUGGUCUAGUUUUGGUAGGUUGGUUGGGAAAGAGAUGGGUGCUUGUAUGUUUUUAAUAGUUUCUUGGUAUUUGUGGUAUUGGAGAAAUGCUGUUGUGUUUCAAAAUAAUGGCAGCUUCAAGGAGAAAUUGUUGGAUAUGGUUCAAAUCAAGUCCUUUCUUGGAUUAAAUCUAAGAAUACUGGCGCCAUGUUCUCCUUUCAUGAAUGGACGGGUGCCCCAAUUGCUUGUGCAUUGGAGGUGCGGAGGCAUAAAAAGGAACUAAAGAAGUAUUUGAAGCUGAAACAGGGUCAUAUAUGAUCGGCAGUGGGGGCUUGAUUGCUUUUGGCUGAUGUGUUUUUAUUAUAAAUGAUGCCAGUUUUGCUAGGUCUUUAUUAUGAUGGUUUAGUCUUUUAUUAUGUAAAUGGGUUGGAGUACCCCUUAUACUCGUAUUAAUAAAUUAUCUUAAUUUGC